CCUCCUCCUCCUCCUUGUCCUCCCUCCCCGUGCAUCGCUCACCUGUCCCGGGUUCUCCGCCGGGAGGGCACCGCUCGCCUGUCGGGAUGGCCAUGUCCACGUUCCAGAAGGUGACCCUGGCGACGUGCCUCGUGCUGUGCGUGGCGCUGCUGCUGCCCAAGAUGCUGCUGUCGCGCGGCAGGAAGGAUGCUGCCGAGCGGCCGGAGGGUUCAGGCCGUUUUCCGCCAAUGAUGCACCGUCAGAUGGCUCCGGAGGGUCGAGGUCAGAGGGCGGCCGCGGCGGGUUCCGGGUACUCCAGGGCCCACAACCCCGAGGCAAUAGCUCGGGCCAAAGGAGCAGGCACCGGGGCCGGGACUGGAGGAAAGUCCAACCUGGCGGGACAGAUCAUCCCUGUGUAUGGCUUUGGCAUCUUACUCUACAUCCUCUACAUUCUGUUUAAGAUCACAUCAAAAGGCAGCAGCAAGCCGUCAGAGGGAAGGUUUCCUUCAGCGCGCUCAGAAAACAUGAAGAGAAAGAUCACUGACUUUCAGCUGGCUCAGCUGCAGGAGAAGCUGAUGGAGACCGAGCUGGUGAUGGAGGACAUCGUUUCCAACGCGCACCACAGUCCUGACAGGAUGAAGGGGGUGACGGCCGACCAGGAGGAGAACCUGCUGCUGCAGCUGACGGAGAUCACCCGGGUGAUGCAGGAGGGCCAGCUGGUGGAGGGCAUGGCUGCAGAGAAGAAGCAGCAGGACAGCUGGGAAGAUGAUCCUGAGGAGUCUGGUCCGUACUGGGAGCGCUCCCGCUGCUGCUGUCAGCACAGCGAGCAGCAUCACGCUCAGCAGAGCGAGGCCGACGGGGCAGCAGCCGAGGAGGGAGGCCUCCCAGCCGGGGGAGAACCGGAGGAGGCGGAGCGUCCGAGGGAGUCCGAGGAAGUGGAGAAGGAGAUUGAUUUAGGAGAGAAUGAAGAGGAGGCCGAUCUGCAUGAACACAGAGAGGACGGGGAGCCGCUGGACCUGGGAGUCCCAGACCAGGACCUGGUGGGAGUCCUGAGGGAGCUGGAGCUCACGCUGAGGGUGACCUCCAUGAUGGAGGAGGAGAAGGUGGAGGACCUGACGAUGCCAGCGGAGACGCCCGGCGGCUCGGUGAGGCGGAGGAACAAGAGGAGGAGGGCGAAGAAAGCGGCACACUGACAUGAAGCCCGGCUCAGAGACAGCAUGGAAACGCUUAAGUAUUUAUGCGGAGCUGUUUUCUAAGACUUUACGCAGCGGUUCAAACAUCGAGCAAGAGUUUUCAGACUGAAGGGAUGAGCCCACCUCCACGCAUCCUGAAGAACGCUGCCCCCGCCCCACCAACGCUGCUCCGUCUCCUGCACAGUAGGUAUCAAUGGCUGAAAGGAGGACUUCCUGAGACGUACGCAAUAAAAACAUCUCUUCCUUAUGCUUGUUUUCAUAUGUACGUUGUAGACCGAUCAACUGACUGGGGCUCUACACCAAGACCUUUAACUUAUGAAUCAAAUGGAAAUGAGUGUAGAGGAUGCAUGAAAUCUAACCGCUCUGGAGGCCGCUUCACUUGUCUUUACUGUGUUGAAAGAUUUGGACGAUCUGAGGAAAGAUGCAAGGAAAUACGAACGCCUGGCAGAAGCUGAGCCGAGACAUUCAGAGUAGAACUUAUGGUUUCACAUCUGCAAUAGUCUGGUUUUCAUUCAGUCCCUUUUAUCAUGUUUUCUUCACAAAAGGAUUUCCUGCUGCUGAACCCUGAAGCUGUCUGGUAGACAAACCACUCCCUACUUAAUAACAGAGUGGAAAUUAAAGAGUCCCAUUUAGGAAAUCUUCACUGUUUGAUUCAAUCAUAUUAUAACCAUCAGGUAUUCUGCUUCAUUUAUAAAAUUGAAAUUGCUUCAGAAAGGAUUUUGUUACAUUGUGUUGAAGAUAUCUGAUCUCCUGUGUUGAAAUUCAUCGCGGCAUUCGAUCUGUGGCGUCUCGAUCUCCACCAGGCGUCCGUUCCUUUCAUACAUUAUUCACAUGGCGUGCUACCCUGCAGUCAGAGAAGCCAGCAACAAUAAUGUGAGAGAAACAUGUUUUGAGGUUGCUAAGGUUUGGACUUCCCGCAUUAU